AUGAAUCUACGACCACUGUCUAUCAUUCUUCAUAUUUUAUAUAUCGUCUUAAUUUGCUCAACGAAUGUUCACGAACAACAAUAUUACGAUGAAUACAUUGACGGUGGAAAAGGAAAUGGUCAUUCAAUAAGUAUGGUUUGGGAGAAUGACCAGGUUCAGAGCAAACAUAAACGACCUGUUUCGGCUAAAAAUUGUACGUCAGACACAGCAGUUAUUGACAAGCUUCUUAUCGGAACAGGGUACAGUAAAUUUCGUCUACCUGGUUAG